GUUCAAGGAGUAGAGGGCUCAGACACACUCUUUUCUGACUCUCUCUCCACCAUGAGGGGAAACCAGGUAUCCAAGUCUGUAUUGCUUCUGUUUCUGUUCCUUCUUGGGGAUGCUUCAGCCACUGCAAAACCACAAUACGUGGUCCUGGUCCCAUCACAGCUCUAUGCUAGAGUUCCUGAAAAGGCCUGUGUCAACCUCCAUCACCUGAAUGAGACGGUGACGCUCACUGUAACUCUGGAGUAUGAAACAUAUCACAUGAAACUUUUCACAGACCUGGCGGUGGAGAAGGAUUCCUUCUAUUGCAGCCCUUUCAUUAUCCCGGAGUUGUCAUCAUCUUCAGCUUUCGUUGUUGUGGAGAUAAAGGGGCCAACCCAGCACUUCAUGAAGAGGAAACUGAUGCAGAUAAUAAAAGCAGAAAAUCCAGUCUUUGUUCAGACAGACAAACCCAUUUAUAAACCAGGACAAACAGUGAAAUUCCGUAUUGUCUCUGUGGACAACAAUUUUCACCCAUUGAAUGAAACGUUCCCAGUCAUUUUCAUUGAGAAUCCCAAGAAAAACCGAAUUUUUCAGUGGCAAAGUCAUAGUCUACAAGGAGGACUCAGCCAACUCUCUUUCCCACUGUCGGUGGAGCCAGUUCUGGGUACCUACAAGAUCAUAGUACAAAAGGAGUCGGAGAAAAAAGUAAAGCACUUCUUUGAGGUGAAAGAAUAUGUUCUGCCCAAAUUUGAAGUGCAAGUAAAAGCGCCCAAGACUAUCUCUUUUCUAGAGGAAGAAUUUAAGGUGUCUGCCUGUGCCUCAUACACAUAUGGAAAGCCUGUUCCUGGUCUGGUGACAAUUAAUGUGUGCAGAAACUAUUUGCAAUACCCUUUCACCUGCCAUAGCCAAUAUUUACAAAAGAUCUGUGAAGAAUUCAGUCAACAGGCAGAUAAUAAAGGAUGUUUCACACAAGUCAUAAAAACCAAAGUAUUUCAGCUAAGACAAAGAGGAUUUGACAUGAAGAUACAGGUGGAAGCCAGCAUCAAAGAGGAGGGAACAGGGUUGGAGUUAACUGGUUAUGGAUCAUGUGACAUCACAAAUACCUUAAGCAAACUGACAUUUACCAAAGUAGAUGCACAUUACAGACGUGGACUACCUUUCUUUGGGCAGGUUCUUCUUGUUGAUGAGAAGGAUCAUCCAAUCCCCAAUAAAAAUGUAACUGUCCAUGUAGACCUGGCUAGGUACCAGUCCACUUAUACUACGGAUGAGCAUGGCUUGGCCAGCAUUUCCAUUGACACCUCCAACUUUACAUUUUCGCUCAUGGGAGUCACAGUUGUUUAUAAGUACACCGAUACGUGCUUUGACAACCGGUGGCUUCCUGAGCAGCAUAUUCAAACACAUCACUCUGCAAGUCAUAUUUUUUCCCCAAGCUUGAGUUACGUUCAUCUUGAACUUGUUCUUGGUACUUUGACCUGUGGGCAAACUCAGGAGAUUCGGGCAUACUACAUGUUGAAUGGAGAGAUCUUGGGGGAUGAAAAAGAGUUAACCUUCUAUUAUCUGCUCAAAGCAAGAGGAAGCAUCUUCAAAUCAGGAAUCCAUGUGCUGUCCAUUGAACAAGGAAACUUGAAAGGGGUAUUUUCCUUUUCCAUUCAAGUGGAACCAGACAUUGCUCCUGUGGCUCAGCUGAUCAUUUAUAGUAUUUUGCCUAAUGAAGAACUUGUAGCAGACACUCAGAAACUCGAAAUUGAAAACUGCUUUGCCAAUAAGGUGAAUUUGAGUUUCCUCUCAGCACAGAGCCUGCCAGCCUCAGACACUUUCCUGAUGGUCACAGCCACACCCCAGUCCCUCUGUGCCAUCCGUGCAAUAGACCAGAGUGUAACCCUGAUGAAGCUGGAAGCCGAGCUCUCCCCUCAGUCUGUCUAUAAGUUGCUGCCCAAAAAGAUUCCUGAGAGUAUUCCAUACAGAGAUCCAAUGAAUGAAGACAGUGGAAAAUGCAUCAAUGCAGAAGAGAUCAUUCACAAUGGGAUUAUGUACAGUCCAAAGCAGGACUUGAGCAAUAAUGACAUACAGAGCAUUUUUGAGUCUGCAGGAUUAUAUAUUUUUACCAACUCAAAAAUCCAUAAACCACACUUCUGUCAACUGCCUCAUUCCUAUCCUCGACCUAUGGCCUAUUCAGGAGCACCUCAGGCCUAUUCAGGAGUAUUGGCUCCGGCAAGCAUCGGUGGUAUAGCAGGCGGUGCUACAGCAGGCAUUGGUAUGGCAGGCGGUGGUCUAGCAGGCAUUCCGGGAAUGAGUCUGGGAAUGGGAUCUGUUUACCCAAUGACAAUGACAGACGGAUCUCAGAUCGUGAGAGAGACAACGCGGAAGUACUUCCCUGAGACCUGGAUCUGGGACUUGGUGGUGCUCAAUGUGUCAGGUGAUGGUAGGUUGGCAGUGAAGGUCCCGGACACUGUUACAGAGUGGAAGGCCAAUGCAUUCUGCUUGUCUGGAGCUACAGGGCUGGGCUUCUCCCCCACCAUCUCUCUUCAAGUCUUCCAGCCCUUCUUCCUGGAACUGACGCUCCCUUACUCUGUGGUGCGAGGAGAAACCUUCACCCUCAAGGCCACAGUGUUCAACUAUAUGUCUCACUGCAUUCGGGUCCAUGGGCAGCUGGAGCUUUCUUCUGCUUUCCUGGCCUUCCCAGUAAAUGACUAUGAAGAAUCUCUCUGUGUUUGUGGAAAUGGAAGAAAAACCAUGUCCUGGGCUGUGACCCCAAACUCCCUGGGGAAAGUGAACUUCACAGCUACUGCGGAAGCUUUGCAGUCUCCAGAACUGUGUGGCAAUGAGGUGACUGAGGUGCCUGCCCUUAUACAGAAGGACACUGUAGUAAAGUCCUUAAUAGUCGAGCCUGAAGGAAUAGAAAGAGAGCAAACUUUCAACGCACUGCUAUGUGCACCAGAUGCUGGGGAACCUCAAAAGUGGUCAGUGAAAGUUCCUUCAAAUGUGGUUGAAGGGUCUGCCAGGGCAACAUAUUCAGUUGUAGGUGAUAUACUAGGCUCUGCAAUGCAAAACCUCCACAAUCUUCUCCAGAUGCCCUAUGGCUGUGGAGAACAAAAUAUGGUCCUUUUUGUCCCUAACAUCUAUGUUCUGAACUAUCUGAAUGAGACCCAACAGCUGACAGAGAAUAUCAAGUCCCAAGCCAUCAGCUACCUUGUCAGCGGCUAUCAAAAGCAGUUGAAUUACAAACACAGUGAUGGCUCAUACAGCACAUUUGGGAACAGUAAUGGAAACACUCAAGGGAACACUUGGCUCACUGCGUUCGUGCUCAAGGCCUUUGCUCAAGCUCAGUCGUACAUCUUUGUGGAGAAGGCACACAUCAUGAAUGCACUCAUCUGGCUCUCACAGAAACAAAAGGAGAAUGGCUGUUUCCAACAAUCUGGAUCACUGCUCAACAAUGCUAUUAAGGGUGGAGUAGAAGAUGAGGUGACGCUCUCUGCCUACAUCACCAUCGCUCUGCUGGAGAUUCCGCUGCCUGUCACUUACAGUGUUAUCCGCAAUGCUCUAUUUUGCCUGGAAACAGCCUGGGCCUCCAUCUCAGAGACCCAAGGAAGUCAUGUCUAUACCAAGGCAUUGUUAGCCUAUGCCUUUGCCCUGGCGGGAAACCAGGCCAAGCGAAGAGAACUGCUUGAAUCACUAAGCGAAGAGGCUGUGAAAGAUGAGGAUUCAAUCCACUGGCAACGUCCUGGGAGUGUUCAGGAAGCCAAGACACUCUCCUAUCAACCCCGGGCUCCUUCUGCUGAAGUGGAGAUAACAUCUUAUGUACUCCUUGCCUAUCUUACGGCUCUGCCUGCCCCAUCUUCAGAGGACCUGUCUUCAGCAUUCAAGAUUGUGAAAUGGAUCAUCAAGCAACAAAACUCCCAUGGGGGCUUCUCCUCUACUCAGGAUACAGUGGUAGCUCUCCAAGCCCUCUCCAAAUAUGGAGCAGCAACUUUUACUAAAAGUAAGACAGCAGCUUUGGUCACCGUCAAAUCUUCAGAGACCUUCUCUCGGGAAUUCCACGUGGAUGAUACCAACCGCCUGUUGCUACAAGAAGCUGGGUUGCCAGAACUCCCAGGGAAUUACAUCACCACAGUAUCAGGGUCAGGAUGUGUGUACCUCCAGACGUCUCUAAAAUACAACAUCCUUCCAAAGAAAGAAAAGGAAGUGCCCUUCACUCUGCAGGUUAAUACUCUUCCCGGAAAUUAUGAUGGAACAGAAGCUCACAAGAAAUUCCAGAUUCACAUCAACAUAAGUUAUACUGGAGAACGACCCAGCUCCAACAUGGUCAUUGUUGAUGUGAAGAUGGUAUCAGGCUUCAUACCUGUGAAACCAUCAGUGAAAAAGCUCCAAGACAAACUUAACAUUAAGAGAACUGAAGUGAGCACCAACCAUGUUCUAGUCUACUUUGAAAAGCUAACCAAUCAAAUCCUGAGUUUCUCCUUCUUGGUGGAACAAGACAUCCAAGUAAAGAAUUUAAAACCAGCUACAGUGAAAGCCUAUGAUUAUUAUGAGACAGAUGAAUUCACCAUUGAAGAAUACUAUGCCCCUUGGAGUGCUGAUGCUGAACAAGGAAACACUUAAAAAUGGAACCUCUGGAAUUUAUCAAAAUGUACUUCUCUAGAAAUGAAGAACCAAGACUUCUCUAGAAAUACAAGAGAAAAAAAAGAAGGGAAUCAUAAAUACAGAAGAUUUGUGUGCUGAAUAAAGUUAUAACAUUUGCAACUCUG